AUGCGAUCAACUCUUGCCUUCGCGCUGCUCCCUGCAGCGAUAUCAGCAGUAUCAUUUGACUGCCAAAACGUCGUCGUCGAUGACCAACAUUUCAACCUCGAAUCUCUAGGCGGCCCCAAAGAAGUGAACUGGCAGCGAAAGACACCUCCCUCCAUCACCAACACAACCUACACCAUCGACUUCUGCAAACCUCUCAAGAAGUCGAAAGAUAGCAGUGCGAAAGAGCAGUGCCAGAGCGGGACAAGAAUUUGCGCGACGCAGAGGAUCUUUGAGAAUGAUCAGUCCAUCGUGCAAGAAGUGAUACCUAUCGCCGGCGAGUUCGCUACUUCUAAUGGAAGGCACAUGGAUCCGAAGUUUACGAGGCUGAAAGACAGCUCGAGUCACUCAGACUCGGAGCAAGAGGGCGUGAGAGCGGAGCUGCACGGUGGGUUGUGGAAUAAGCAGAAGCAGAAGGCGAUCAUCGAAUUCAUUUGCGAUGCUGAGUGGGAAGGAACAGAAGGGUUCGACGACAAGUCGAAAGCCAUGAAAAUCGAUUCUUACGACAGCAUGGGCAGAAGAGAGGAGCCAGAAGAAGGUGGCGACGAAGAUGAUACCCCUUUGCCAGAACUCGACGAAGGCAAGGCCCUGCAAUUUGUCAGUUAUAAAGAGGAGAAGGGCGAUAUGGGCGUCCUUCGCUUGACAUGGAAGACAAAGUACGCCUGUGAAGGUGCAUCGAGUAAGAAGCCUUCUGGAAGUGCGAGCAAGGGCUGGGGCUUCUUCACCUGGUUCCUGAUCAUCGUGUUCUUGCUUGCCGCGACAUACAUCAUAUUUGGCUCCUGGCUCAACUACAAUAGGUAUGGAGCUCGUGGCUGGGAUCUCAUCCCUCACGGCGAUACCAUCCGGGAUAUUCCGCACAUCAUGAAAGACUGGAGCAGCAGCAUGAUGGACAAGAUGAAGGGCGGUGGGACCAGGGGAGGAUACAGUGCUGUCUAG